CCCUUGCUGGUUCUUGCUUUCACUCAACCUAGGCUCUGGCCUCAGCUGGUGGGCUCGGAGGAUGCUCUCCUGCAACAGCUGGCGGACUCGAUGCUCAAAGAGGACUGCGCGUCUGAGCUAAGGGUUCACUUGGCAAAGGCCCUCCCUUUACCCUCCAAUGUGAAUCGGCCUCGAAUCGACCUGAUUGUGUUUGUGAUUAACCUUCAUAGCAAAUACAGUCUGCAGCACGUGGAGGAGUCGCUGCACCAUGUGGACGCCAGCUUCUUCCUGGGGAGGGUGUGCUUCCUCGGCACUGGUGCUGGGCAGGAGCACCACUGCAGCCUUCACCGGAACACGGUCCUGAAGCUGGCCCACACCUACCGCAGCCCCCUGUUCUUCUGUGACCUGGAGGUGGAAGACUUUCGAGCCACCAUGGCACAGCGUCUGGUGCGCAUGCUGCUGAUCUGUGCUGGCCACGUACGUGGUGUCUCAGCCCUGAAUCUGCUGUCUCUGCUGAGGACCUCCGAGACCCCUCCACCAGAGGAGCUGUGACGGCCACUGGCCCCUGGCUGUCCCUCCCCGCUUUGGGCUCCGUUAGCUGUCACUGUUGGUGAAGACACAGGCUGGGUUGGGCUCCCCAUUCCCCAGCAGGGCACCGGGCAGGAUGGGGAGGAAGCCCAGCUGCUGGGACUCCAGCCCCUCCAACGCCCACGCUCAUCCUCUGAGGAGGUACAUCUCCACUUAAGAUUUCACUGGAACAAAGGGCCCUUGGCUAAAAAAAGUUUGAAGAUCACUGGUCUCAUCCACCACUUUGACUUUGCAAAUGAGGAAAACUGACUCAGAACAAUGAAGACAGGAUGUGGGAGGACAGAUUGGACGGCACAUCCUGUGGCCUGCUACUCUUAUGGAGCUUGGUUGUUGCUUCUGGGAGCCUCAGUUUCCCCAGCUAUAUAUGGAGAUAUUUGUACUUAACUCACACGGAGGGUUUAAUGGAGUGAAGGGGAGGUGCCUGAGACUGGGCCACACCCACACUUGUUGGCUUGAUAGACCUCCUGAGACCUGGUGCUCUGCAGCAGGCAAGGGCUCAGUGAGCAGUCCCUGUUAUUUGAAAUCACACAACUGAAUUUAAAA